AUGGGAAAUAUAGCAAAUAUAUCAUCACAAUUUGGUUAUUUCAUUGGUACAUAUCCAACACAAACAAUUGGUGUAGCAUUAAUACUUUGCUUUUCAAUUCUUAUCACAUUCGUAUUUCAUCCGCCAAUUAUCGAAACGGAUAUACGACACGGAUUUGUGCACCGGAACAGUCGAGCAGUUCUUGAAUUUCAGCGUUUCGCAGAAUUUUAUAAUUCCUCAUGGAUGGAUAUUGAAAUGAUGGUUAUACUGAUUCAACCAAAAUAUUCAAAUGAUAAGGUUCUCCAAAUUACACCUCAAUUAUGUGACCAGAUAAAACAACUUGAAUUACACAUUCAAUCAUUCGAAGUGCCAAAUAGUGUGAAACCAAUUAAAUAUAAUGAAUUUCGUGUACCUGGCGGUAACCUUAAUUACUUCUUCGAUGCUUUCAAGUUCGGCUAUGAUCUUUCAACUCGUCAAAAUAAAACAGAUGGAUCAGUUGUGUUGACAUACCCACAAGGAUCAAUUUUUGGUCAUCAUGUCUCUCUGGCGUCACAUUUUUUUGGAGUUAAACUUAUUGAAAAUUACACAGAAAAGGGUUUACCAACAGCAAUGGAAUCAGCUGCGACAAUUUCACUAUUUUUUAUGGUAAAAGCUCAUGGAAUUUUACAAAAAUAUCGUUUACGCCACUGGCAACUUGCAUUGAAUGAAUUGAGCGAAACCGGAAAUUAUUCCGAUUUAUUUGUUUUUUAUAUUUACGGCGACCAGGUGGACAGUAUAUCUUAA